CCAAAACUAGCAUGCAGGGAGAUGUCUACAACUUCCUGGAGAGGCCUAGUGGAUGGAAAUGUUUUAUUUACCAUUUUACUGUAUUUCUACUGGUGCUGAUUUGUUUAAUUUUCAGUGUACUUUCUACUAUAGAAUAUUAUUCAGAAUUUGCCACGGGGACCCUUUUCUGGAUGGAAAUUGUUCUGGUGGUGUUUUUUGGUGCUGAAUAUUUGGUGCGGCUAUGGUCUGCUGGUUGCAGAAGUAAAUAUGUUGGCUUUAAGGGAAGACUACGUUUUGCCAGAAAGCCUAUAUCAAUUAUUGAUCUUAUUGUUGUGAUAGCCUCAAUUAUUGUUCUGAGUGUAGGAUCAAAUGGGCAGGUGUUCGCCACAUCUGCCAUAAGGGGAAUCCGGUUUCUCCAGAUACUUCGCAUGCUUCAUGUAGAUCGGCAGGGUGGCACUUGGAGACUCUUAGGAUCAGUUGUUUUCAUACAUCGUCAGGAACUCAUAACCACUCUGUACAUUGGAUUCUUGGGACUGAUCUUCUCAUCCUAUUUUGUCUAUCUUGCUGAGAAGGAUGCAGUGGAUGAAGAUGGAAGAACAGGUUUCUCCAGCUAUGCUGAUGCCCUGUGGUGGGGUGUGGUAACAGUCACAACAAUUGGUUAUGGAGACAAAGUACCACAGACAUGGAUUGGGAAGACAAUAGCCUCCUGUUUCUCAGUAUUUGCUAUAUCUUUCUUUGCUCUUCCAGCGGGGAUUCUGGGUUCUGGUUUUGCCUUGAAGGUACAACAGAAGCAACGUCAGAAGCAUUUCAACAGGCAAAUCCCAGCUGCAGCUUCUCUAAUUCAGACUCUAUGGCGGUGCUAUGCAGCGGAGAAAUCAUACAGUUCUACAGCAACAUGGAAGAUCUAUCUGCUGAAACAUCCAGUUUAGAGGUCACAUAAUUUAUAAAAAGUCACUCCAAAGUCUUUGAUGUUAUACAAAAGAAAAGGAAAACCUGGGCGUGAUAAUGGCGUGACACCAAUAAUAAAUCCUGGAGAGACUGCCUUAUCCAUUCCACAAAUUACUUACGAUCACAUUGAUGAAAGGAGACUAUAUCAUUAUAGCUACAGUGGGUGGGACACUAGCCUACAGAAGCAUCCAACGCUGACAGAGGUUGCCAUGACCCACUUUCUGAGAGAGAAUACAUUUGUGGAUGAUAUCAAGCUGGAAGGGGACACUCUCCUCCACCCCCUUAUUCAUGUUUCUCAGUUAACUGAAGCACACCGAAUAGCUGUCAAAGUCAUAAGGAGAAUGCAAUAUUUUGUGGCCAGAAGAAAAUUUCAGCAAGCUCGAAAACCAUAUGAUGUGCGCGAUGUAAUUGAACAGUACUCUCAAGGACACCUUAAUAUGAUGGUUCGCAUAAAAGAACUUCAGCGAAGACUGGAUCACUCCUUAGGGAAGCCUGGCCUUUUUCUUCCAGAAAAAGGGGUAGACAAAGGAUACUAUACUGUAGGAGCCAGACUGAUCCGGUUAGAGGAUAAGCUGCACCUCAAAAGGAAAGCAAACAGCGAGAUCUCCACAGCACAGCAUCUGUAAGAGGAUGGAUUGUUCAGUGAGCUGGUGGCUUGAAAGGUGG